AUGGCACAGAUCGGCCCCGACCCCGACAGGAUCGUUGUCGCAAUCGUCAUCUGCGUCUUCAUUAGUAUCGCUUUCUAUAACGUUCUUGAGCUCACUGUCUCAAUCUUCACUUCGUUCAAAACGCGCUCGGGUUUAUACUUUUGGAGCAUCCUCAUCGCGACGUGGGGCAUCGCAUUCAAUGGCACGGGAUACCUCUUGAUGCACCUAUCAUUAACAACGGAGGCGCUUAUUUAUGCCACGAUCAUUCUGAUCGGCUGGUGCUCCAUGGUCACGGGCCAGUCGGUUGUUUUAUACUCCCGUUUGCAUAUCGUUAUGCGUCACCAGAAGCGCCUGCGACUGGUGCUGUACAUGAUCAUCGCCAACGCAACUUGGCUCCAUCUCCCCAUCAUCAUCCUGGUUUAUGGAGUUAAUUCUGCAAAUCCGGAGCCGUUCCGCAACCCCUACGUUAUCUUUGAAAAAGUCCAACUCAGCGUCUUCUUUGUGCAAGAACUCAUAAUUUCUUCCGUCUACGUCUGGGAAACAACAAAACGUCUUCGCCUCGAGAAAAGCAUCGGCGACACGCGCACCCGGAAGAUCAUGAACCACCUGAUCUGGGUAAAUGUCCUGGUCGUCUUGCUCGACGUGUCAAUCCUGGCCCUCGAGUUCACCAACCUCUUCGAGAUCCAGACAGCCUGGAAGCCGCUGGUGUACAGCAUCAAGCUCAAGCUCGAGUUCAGCAUCCUCAACCAACUCGUCAACCUCACGCGCGGCACCUCGAACAGCAGCGUCUACACGCGCAGCCAAAGGCGCGGGUACGGGAACGGCGUCGCGCUGGAGACGUUCAACGGCGAGCGCUCGAGGCACUUCACAGUAGCUGAUGAGCCCGAGUAUGAGAUUCGCAUUGGGAAAGGAGAGAUCAAUCAUGUCGCGCCUGCGCCGAACGCUUAUCCCACGAAGACGACUGAGAUUACGAUACACACCCAAUCGCGACCGCACGACGGUGCCCGCGACAGCGAUGACAACAGCGACGUUCCAGAGAGAGAAAGAGAGGGAGACGUAUGUUCAACGUCCUCGGAAGUACAUUUUGCAAGACGUUAG